UUUUAUGGAGAAAACCAUUUUCUUAUGAUAAUGAAUGGAAUAAUUUAUAUAAAAUAAUUCCUAUAUAUUUAUCAUUUUUAUCUGAAGAAACAAAAUUCAAACACGGAAUUCAGGAAAUUUCAAUUCCAACUAUACCAUUUAUUGAUUAUGUAUCAUACAUACGCGAAUUAGAUUUGUAUAGUUUGCUUUUGCAAUUAUGUGAAUGGAUGGUAAAGAGUAAGUUUAUAAAUACGAGACCUCGAAUAUUAACAGAAACUGAUGAUUUUGAUGAUGAAGAUCCUAUUAUAAGGUUAAUUUGUCAAGAUAUGACUGAAAAAAUUUCAUUAAAACGUACAAUGUAUAUUAUUAAAGAGAUUAUUAUGAUCAUUGUUGAAAGAUCAACCAGGAUUGAUUACCUUGAGAUAACGAUGGGAAAUAUGGAUGGUAUCGUUUUUGAUUAUCUUGAUUCUGAAUAUUUUGUAGAUAUAUUUAAUGCUAUUCCACCAAAUUGGUUUGCAAAUAUUUCAAAACUUGAAUAUGAUGGACGACAUUUACUUGAAAGAUUUACGGAACAUGCACCUAACAUUAAAAGUUUAUCCUUUGGAUUUCAUACUUUUACUCAAAAGUUGAUUUCUAAAAUUUCUUCAUUGAUCUCAUUUCAGAAUAAUUUAGUGGAUUUAGAUAUAUAUUUAGGUUAUAACGAAGAUUAUAUCGAAAGUGAGAUUAAUAUUUCUGAUAUUUCAGAAGUAAUAUUAACAUUGAUAGAAAAAGUUCAUUCGUUAAAAUCAUUAUCAUUAGCAUCUGGUGGUAAUG